CACCUCCUCUCACAAGGUAAGAGAAAACAGCAUUAUUCUUGCAAUCUCUCUGGAGACGCAUUCACUAAAGAUUGAUCUUCGACCUUCGACUAAAGUUCCUUCCACACCUACAGAGAUGUCAGAGAACAGCUCCAGUCCAGAUGAUGCAGUGAUCCGGAUUCUUCUGAUGGGCAGAUUUGGUUCUGGGGCAAGCUCAUCUGGAAACACUAUAGUGGGGGACAAGAGGUUUAAAAUUAAGAAGCAGGAGUCUGAAGUUUGUGAGGGCAAAACACAGAUUGGAGAGAAGCAGGUGCAUGUGAUUAUUUCUCCUGAUCCACUGGAUCCAGAUCUGUCUGAAGAACAGCUGGAGGAAAUGAAUGUGGAGCUGGUCAAACAAUGUUCAGAAGGCUUCAGUGCAGUUCUGCUUACUGUUCCUCUAGAGGAACCUGUGCAAAAUGAGGAAGAGAUCCUGUAUUUUAUUAAGUGUUUAUUAGGUCCUAAAGUUCAAAAGUACAUCAUGAUUCUGUUCACACAUGAAGAUCUACUGGAGGAACUGGAUGAACCACAGACCACUGAUGAAUAUUUACAAAACCAUGCAGAUCUCCAGCAGCUGGUGACUGAAUGUGGAGGAAAGUUUCACUGUUUCAAUAACAAGAUUAAAUCGGACGGUCAGAAACUAGAACUACUGCAGAAGAUUGAAGGAAUGAUGAUAAAGAACGGAGGGAAAUUCAUCAUGGAAGGAAUGAAGAAGAAUGAUAGCAAAAGAGGCCCUCCUGUCUUGUUUUCAGGAAAGUCUCCAGCUGAAGAUCCAGAGAAGUUUCAUAUGAUUGCUGAGAGGAAAGACCAGAUCAGGCUGGUUCUGCUGGGAAAAACUGGAUCUGGGAAAAGUGCCACUGGAAACACCAUCAUUGGCAGAAACAAGUUCAAAUCUUUAGCAGGUUUUAUCUCUCAGACAAAACAGUGUCAGUCUGAAACUGUGGUGAGGUUUGGUAAAGAGAUCUCAGUGAUCGACACACCUGGACUUUAUGAUAAUGUACUCAGUGAAAAAAAGAUUAAAACUGAAAUAGUGAAAUGUGUAACAUACGCUUCUCCUGGACCACAUGCUUUUAUUAUCGUCAUUAGAAUGGGUCGAUACACUGAAGAGGAGAAAAACACAGUGCAACAUCUCAAAGAAGCGUUUGGAGAACAGAUACUAAAAUACACCUUGAUCAUCUUCACUCAUAAAGAUCAGCUAGAGGAGAAAAAUAAAACCACUGAAGAGUUUCUACAGAACGGUGAUUCAGAUCUUAAAAAACUUGUACAGAGUUGUGGAAAUCGAUUCUUCUUUCUGGACAACAAGGCUGCCAGUUUCCCACAGUUCAAAGAUCUGAUCAGUAAAAUAGAGGCGAUGAUGGAAGAGAAUGGAGGGACACACUUCACACAUGACAUGUUUGAGAGAACAGAGAAAUGCAUUCAGGAGGUUCAGAAGCAGAAACUGGAUGAGAAAAUGAAGCAGUACAAACAGGAGAACAAACAGCUCACUCAAACUGAAUGGAAGAAACUACGCCGGCGUUUAGUUGAGGAGUCACGUCGAGAAGUUGAGCAAUCUUUUUCUGACAUUUCCACUUCAAAUCUGCAUCUCUGGGGGAAGACCCAAACAAUGACCAGUGAGGAGAGAGUGAGUGUCAAAGAGGAAGCUGAGAGCAAAGGAACUAAUCGUUUUAGGGCAGUUAUGCUUUCUAUCAGAGAGAAGAUGUGUGUGAUUCAGUGAAAAACCACAAUGAUCAGACACACUAGGGGCUCAAUCCAUCUCAAGUGGUCCAGGCUACUUGAAAUUUUCCUCUUUUUUUAGUUUUAAUUUUAUGCCUUACCUGUAUGUAUUCGUAUUGCAAAACCACCAGUUGUUUUUUUGUUUGUUUUUUACUUAGUUUAACCACAGCAGGUCUUUUUUCACCUUUAGUUUUAUAGCGCUUUAUACAAUACCGAUUAUUUCAAAGUAGCUUCACAGUAAUAAAUAGAAAAAUAACAGAAUCAAUAAUGCAAAAUUCAUCAAUUCAAAUUCUGCUGUAAAGACAAUCGUGUCAUUAUUCUGAUCAAUUUGUUUCAUUAUUGAUUCAGUUCUGAAUAUUAUUUUCUGCUCUGGCCUAAUCAUGGUGCACCACAAAUUUUGGUUAUAUGAAUAUGUACACAAACUUGAAUAUCUCAGAUCAGGAUGGUUGUAGCUUCCAGAAACUAAACUUUAGAGCUCAUGAACUUUCAAGCAAUCAACUUUACAAAAUGUGGACUACUGAUGGAUCUCAAUACUGAUUCACUUUGGUUUCUCCAGUUGUUCAGAAGUGAGUCAAACAUGUAAAACCACUACAAUCAGAGCUGCAUGCUUUUAUUGUUGUCAUUGAGGUGGAUCAAUUCACUGAGGAGGAGAAAAAUACAGCUUAAAGAAAUGUUUGGAAAGAAACAUUUAAAGGAAAUGUUAGAAAACAGAUCAAGUUCACAUUUUAAUUCCCCUCAGAAAUCUUCAUUACAAAGCCCUAUGAAUUACAACACCCAAGACAGUUGUAGGUGUUUAUAGCUGAAUGAGGGUCUUUAAAUCUGGAAAAAGGUACUUCUUGGCAGUUGCAAAUAAAAGAGAACCGCUGCCAUCCAUGAGCUUGAGCAAUGUGCAGGCUCUGAGGAACAAAAUAGAGAAAUUGUGCACAACUUUCAGGAUUUGUUAAGAAUAUUGCGAGUCCUGCUUGAUGGUUACAGAGACCUGUCUGCUCCAUAAUUGAAGGGUUUUCCCAGACAGGGAUGAGAUUUCAGGGAAGACAAGAGGUGGUGUUGUUUGUGUCUAUAUCAGAGAAGGAUGGUGAGAGAGUCAUUGUCUAAUCCAGAUGUGCCAUUUAUCAACACAAGUCAUCCAGCUUUUGUUAAUAUGAUAUUCUAAUAUCAAUCUAGCUUACUGAAGUGUGCAACAAGUGUCUCAUACCAGCCACCAAGUGAACACACAGUAAUGUUAACACAACUUUCAACACACUCAAAUGUAUUUUUAGUAUGACUGUUUUCACCAAGUAAAACAGUGCUGCGUUACCCCACAAUUUUAAUUUGUCAAAUAAAGUGAUCUGUAUGAGUAGUAAAAUUCAGCUCUUGCAGCUGUUUCAUUAGAAUGAAAUAAAAUAAUGUGAAUUUAAGUAAUCAAACUGUAACUGUAAUGUCUUUUUAGUGUCUUUUUUAUUAUAAAUAUUUGUGUUCUC